AUGAUAUCACCACCUCCUAAUGUCACUGGAAAUUUACAUAUUGGGCACGCAUUAACUUUUAAUGUCCAAGAUUGUUUAGUAAGAUGGUAUCGAAUGCAAGGGUUUGAUGUUUCAUGGAUACCUGGAACUGAUCAUGCAGGUAUAGGAACACAAUCUGUAGUGGAAAGAUAUCUUUACAAUAAAAAAUUUCUUACUCGUCAUGAUCUUGGAAGAGAAAAUUUCACAAAGAAAGUUUGGGAAUGGCGUGAACUACGUUUAGGAGCUUCAUUAGAUUGGGAUAAUUUAUUCUUUACAAUGGAUCCAAUAAGAUCAAAAGCUGUUAAUAAUGCUUUUAUUCGAAUGUUUAAUGAUGGAAUGAUUUACAGAGACACAAGACUUGUAAAUUGGUGUUGUGCUUUAGGAACUGUUAUUUCUGAUAUCGAAGUAGAAUAUGAGACUAUAACGAAACGAACUUUUCUAAAGAUUCCUAGUCGAGAUGAAAAAAUUGAAUUUGGAGUUUUGCAUAAAAUUGCUUAUCCAGUUGUUGAACCAAACACUUGUGAAAUUAAAGAAUUAAUUGUGGCAACGACUAGAAUUGAAACAAUGUUGGGAGAUGUUGCUUUAGCGAUACAUCCUGAUGAUUUAAGAUAUAAAUCACUUCACGGUAAAGAAGUAAUUCAUCCUUUACUAAACAAAAAAAUGCCAAUUAUAUGUGAUGCUGAACUUGUUGAUAUGGAAUUUGGAACAGGUGUUGUUAAGGUUACACCGGGACAUGAUAAUAAUGAUUUUGCAUGUGCCAAAAGACAUAAAUUACCAAUAAUUAAUAUCCUAAAUAAAAAUGGAACUUUGAAUGAAAAUUGUGAAAUUUCUGAAUUAAUUAAUAAAGAUCGAUUUGACGCCAGAAAAGAAAUUAUAAAUAAACUUCAAUCUUUAGGUUAUUAUCAUGAAAAAGUUAAUAAUCAUGAAAUGAAAAUUGCUAAAUGUUCAAGAUCUGGAGAUAUUAUUGAACCUUUAUUACAACCACAAUGGUAUAUAAAAUGUAAAGAAAUUCAGCAAAAAGCUCUUCGGGAUGUUCAAAAUGGAGAAAUAAUAAUCAAACCAAGAAAUAAUCAGGAUUGGUGUAUAUCAAGACAAUUAUGGUGGGGACAUCAAAUUCCAGUAUAUAAAUUAAUUUAUAAAGAUCAAGAAUCUGGUGAUUCCGAUAAAGAAUUAUGGUUUGCAGCUUCUUCAAUAAAAGAUGCUGAGAAACUUGUGAAAAAUUAUUUUGAUAAGAAUAAUAUAAUUCCCAAAUCUGAAUACACUUUGAAACAAGAUGAAGAUGUAUUAGAUACAUGGUUUUCAUCUGCAUUAUUACCAUUAUCAGCUUUAAAUUGGAAUGGUGAUCAAAAUAUUCCUAAAAAUUAUCCAACUACAAUGAUAGAGACAGGAUAUGAUAUUUUAUUUUUCUGGGUGGCAAGAAUGGUUAUGUUAUGUACAUAUUUUUCAGGAAAACCACCUUUCAACAAAAUAUUUUUACAUGCUAUGAUUAGGGAUUCACAAGGAAGAAAAAUGUCAAAAUCAUUAGGAAAUGUUAUUGAUCCCUUACACGUGAUAGAAGGUGUAACAUUAAAAGAAUUACAACAAAAUGUAUAUAAAAGUAAUUUAUCAAAAUCUGAAAUUGAAAAAAGUAUUAAAAAUUUAUCAAAAGAAUUUCCUCAAGGAAUUACAUCUUGUGGUUCUGAUGCUUUAAGAUUUGGAUUAAUUGAGUAUACUCAUCAGUUAUGGAAUCUUUUUAAAUUUUCUAAUGAUAAAUUUGAUGCAUUAAAUCAUAUUCCACAAAUUACUUGUGAUUUUAUUUCUCCCACCAAAUUACUUUCUACUUCUGAUAUUCUAGAUAAUUUAUCAUUAGUUGAUAAAUAUAUUUUAUCAAAGUUAUCAGAUACUGUGAUGAAAUGUCAAAAAGCAUUUGAAGAUUUAGAAUUAUAUAAAGCAACUGAAGCUCUUAGAAUUUUUAUUAUUGAAGAAUUAUGUGGAGUUUAUUUGGAAUUUAUUAAACCUAUUUUACAUAAGGAUUUGGAAAAUAAUAAUGAUAUCGAAAAGAAGGUUCUUGAAAUUUGUUUAGAUUCUUCAUUGAGACUUUUGCAUCCUUUUAUGCCAUUCAUCACAGAGGAAUUAUGGCAAACUCUUACCAAAAGAUCCAAUAAUGAUAAAAAUUCAAAAAUCCCUGAAUCCAUUAUGAUUGUUGGAUAUCCUAGAAAAGAUGAAUUUGAGUGUUUCAAAGAUACUAAAGUUGAAGAUGAUAUGAAGGCUGUCUUAAAUAUAAUUCAUGCAUCAAGAUCUAUUAGACAACAAAAUAAUGUAACUCCAGGAAAAUUUUUACCGUUUUUCAUAUGGACAGAUAUUCCAGAAUUAAUAAACAAUAAAAGUCAAAUAAUUAAAUAUUUUCCAAAUAUAAAAGAAUUUAUCAAAGCAUCAGAUAUUCAAGUUAUUUCUUCGAAAAACAUCCAAAUGACACAAUUAUUAAACAAUAGCGCAGUUAAUUUAAUAGCUCCAAAUUUAAAAGUUUACGUUCCAAUGACAGCUAUUUUAGAAGUUCAAUCUACCUCGAUUGAUGUCACAGAUACUGAACUAAAUAGAUUAACAAAAAAGUAUGAAAAGAUUACAAAAGAAUUAGAAACAUUGAAAGAAAGGAUUGAAAAUGCUUCAUAUUUGAAGAAAGUACCCGACAGGAUUAAAGAAAUCGAUAGAAAACGAUUAGAAAAUUUAGAAGAAUUAAAAAAAGAUUUAGAAAAAAAUGUCAAAUUGGUACAAAAUUUAAAAGAAUAA